UGUUAAAAAAAACCCAUUCGUAGUCACAUUGAACAAUGAAGAUGAUGAAGCUCAUCAUCCUGUGGUUUCGCGAUUGGAUUUGGCGGUUUGACACAGAUUUCACACCAAGUCACAAGCUUCAAACAAGCAAGAGCAAAUUCGCUCAACAAGUCCAAGCACUGAAAACAAGUUUCCAGCAUGUCACACCAAUUGGCUUCGGCGGCAGCGGCUGCACACACAGUGGUCGAGAACGGCUCGGCAAUGCAGGCACAGUACGACGCUGCAUUCGAGGCGUGCGAGUUCAUCCGCACCGCCUCAAAGAACUUUAAGCCAAGCGUUGGUAUCAUCUGCGGCUCUGGCCUCGGCGGUCUGGCAGACCAGCUCCAGGAGCCCAUUUCGGUCGCGUACGCCGAUAUUCCGCACUUUCCCCACAGCACUGUUCCGGGACACGCCGGCCGAUUCGUCUUUGGAUACCUGUCGGGCAAGCCAACUAUUUGCAUGCAGGGCCGCUUCCACUUUUACGAGGGCUACCAGAUGAGCAAGGUGACGCUGCCUGUGCGCGUCAUGCGAAUGCUUGGCGUCUCUGUGCUGAUUGUCACGAAUGCUGCUGGCGGCCUGAAUGCCGGUUUCAACAUUGGCGACAUUAUGGUCAUUGAGGACCACAUUAACAUUCCCGGCAUGGCUGGCAACAACCCGCUGUUUGGCCAGAACGACGAUCGCUUUGGCCCGCGCUUCCCUCCCAUGUCGGACGCGUACAAUGUGGCGCUUCGCGAGCAGCUGCUCUCGGUCGGCAAGUCGCUUGGCUUUGGCGAGUUCCUCCGCGAGGGUGUCUACACUCAUGUGGCGGGCCCGUCCUUUGAGACGGCGGCGGAGGCUCGUUUCCUGCGCACGAUUGGCGGCGACGUUGUCGGCAUGAGCACCGUGCCCGAGGUCAUUGUGGCUCGCCACUGCGGGCUGAAUGUCGUCGGUCUCUCGCUCGUCACCAACAUGGUCGUCACCGACAGCCGCUCUGGUGCGAUUGCCAGCCACACCGAAGUCCUGGAGACUGGGCGUCGCCGAACAAUUGACAUGCAAACCCUUGUGACCAAGUUUGUCGAGGUGGUUGUCAUCCCCAAGGCCGAGUCUGCUUGAAUGCGGUUUCUGCAAUGAUGGGGUGGCUGUCGCUUUCAUGCGGUUCCUCGUGUCGAGGAAAGUAUCAUACUGUAGUGUACGACCAUUUUGGUUUUUGAUUUUCUAAUUACUUUUUUUUUUUGGUUCUUUCGCUGCGAUCUCAAAAGUAAAAUCAUAAACUGCUGCAGUCAUGGGUUUUCCAU